UUUAUCGUUGCUUUAUUAUUUGUUAUUUGGACAUAUAUAAUCAUUAUAAUAAUUAAUUUCCAAUUGAUCAGACAGCAAUUUUUUGCAAUAUUAUACGUGUGUACUUCGCAUCUUUCGUUGUAUUUCACAUAACCUCAAAUAUUAUCGUUACAACGUAAUACUAAAUAAGAUACAAUAUACUUAUGCAGAUAUUAAUUAUCAUAUAUGUAUAGUAUAAAAACGAUUACAGACAUCUAUGAUGGAAGAAUAUCCACCUAUUAAUGUACGUUUGGCAGUAAAUAGAGUCGAUUUAAAUAUAAUAAAGAAUGAAGACAUACAACCUCGAAUAUAUACACCAGGAGAGGAGAUUUCUAGUCAGCCUGACUUUUUAAGAGGACAUGGGACAUACGUGGACGAUGAAAACACAUUACGCGCAUCUGUAGCUGGCGUUUUAGAAAAAGUAAAUAAACUUAUUUCGAUAAGACCUUUGAAAGCACGUUACCAGGGUGAAAUAGGAGAUGUAGUUGUCGGUCGUAUAACCGAGGUACAACAGAAGCGAUGGAAAGUUGACACAAAUUCCAAACUUGAUUCUGUAUUAUUGCUGUCUAGUGUUAAUUUACCUGGUGGUGAAUUGAGGAGAAGAUCUGCAGAAGAUGAACAAACUAUGAGAAGAUAUCUCCAGGAAGGAGAUUUAAUUUGUGCAGAAGUACAAAGUACUUUUGUCGAUGGUUCGCUCUCAUUGCACACUAGGGUCUUAAAGUAUGGUAAAUUGUCUCAGGGUAUAAUGUUGAAAGUAUCACCGGCUCUUAUAAAAAGAAAGAAAACCCAUUUUCACAAUUUGGCAAAUGGUGCGAGUCUAAUAUUAGGAAAUAAUGGUUAUAUAUGGAUUGGAGCUAGUAAGAAAGAUACUGAUAGAUCAGAAGGUGGUUUCACGCAGGAUUUGUCAAGGAUUCCUCAAGUAAACCGCGAAGUUUGCGCACGAUUACGUAAUUGUAUUCUAAUCUUAGCACAAUGUAAUAUCCAACUUACAGAUACAUCUGUUACAUACGCUUAUGAAGAAUCUAUGAAAUAUAAAGUAAAUGAAUUGCUGGAACCAGAGUCACAUCAAAGGAACAUGGAUGCAUGUUUUACUGCAUUUGAUAAAGAUGGAGAUGGAUAUUUGUCGAUUACGGAAUUUGAAUUCAUUUGUCGUGCACUAUUUCGUAAUGAUCGUGGGAAAAUUUACAACGUCGAUGAAAAUCAAUUGAAGGAAAUGUAUUCUAUAUUUGACUUGAACGGAGAUGGAAAAAUUGACAAAGAAGAAUUUGAGAUAUGCUGGAAUCGAUGGAUUAAAACAUGCACUCGUCCAAAGAGCGCCUUUUUAAUUGUGGAUGUACAAAACGAUUUCAUAACAGGUUCCCUAAAUAUUAAGCAAUGUGCUGCCCAGCAUGAUGGUUCAGAAGUAAUUGAACCAAUUAAUCGUUUAUUAGAAAUUGUACAAUUUGAUGCAGUGUUUUAUUCUCUUGAUUGGCAUCCUAUGGAUCACGUAUCUUUUAUUGACAAUUUACAUCUAAGAGAUGUUGAUCCUAGUAGCGGAAUCUCAAAAGAAGCAGCACAAGUUUAUGAUACUAUAACAUUCAGAGGUCCGCCAUUGUUAAAGCAACGACUUUGGCCGCGUCAUUGCAUUCAAGACUCCUGGGGUGCUGAACUUCAUAAAGAUCUGAAAAUUGUAGACAACGCAAUUAAGAUAUACAAAGGAACUAAUCCAGAAGUAGACUCAUAUUCCGUUUUCUGGGAUAAUAAAAAGAUGAUGGAAACAAGUCUAUCUUCACAAUUACAAGAAAAGGGCGCGACAGAUAUAUAUAUCUGUGGAUUAGCCUAUGAUGUUUGCGUCGGGGCUACUGCAGUAGAUGCACUUACAAACGGUUAUCGAACUAUUCUCAUUGAUGACUGUAGUCGAGGAGUAGACCUUGUUGACAUUGAAAAAACUAAAGCUACCGUUAUAGCUGAUAAUGGCGUAAUUGUAAAUUCAAGUCAAGUGAAAGCAAUGGUCGAAGGAAAAGAUCGCCGACCAGAACUUGGAUAUAAAUUAGCUUUAGAAAUUAAACGAAAAUUAAAUUUUGUAGAUGAUGAUAAUCAAUAAUUUUAUUUUCUUAUGUAAAUUGUAAAUUAGUACGAAAGCUUGUGAAACGAAUAUUAGAUAAAUUAAUGCAAUAUUUUAUAUCAGAGAUAUUGUUUCUUUGAGAAUCGUAUUUAUCUAUAAAAUACAUGAGAAUAAAUUAUUUUCUGCAUUAAAUAUCAAUGUUACGUUUUUUCUCUUAUAAACUAUAUACUUCUACCUAAUUUUACCAAAAUAAUUGUCCGGUAUAAAGUUAAAAGAUUCGAAACUGUUAAUUUAUAAUUAUAGAGCCACAUGUGACGGCCUUUGCGCGAAACAUACGAAAUGUGAGGUUAUGUUUGGAGGAAUUAUUUAUUUGUGUAAAUGGCCGUUAUAUUCCGUAUACAAACGUUUGGGGGGACCUGGUAUAAACAUGUUUUAUCACAUAUCGUUAGAACACGAAAUUUUAUUACACCCUAGAUACUUUGGACCUCAAUUAUUAGAUACAGUGAAACAAAAAUUGUAUACUGAAGUAGAAGGCACCUGUACGGGAAAAUAUGGUUUCGUAGUUGCUGUAACAACAAUAGAUAACAUUGGUGCAGGGAUCAUACAGCCAGGACAAGGUUUUGUUGUGUAUCCUGUUAAAUACAAGGCCAUUGUAUUCAGACCAUUUAAAGGAGAAGUAUUAGAUGCUAUAGUAACACAAGUAAACAAGGUUGGAAUGUUUGCUGAGAUAGGGCCACUUUCAUGUUUUAUAUCGCACCAUUCAAUUCCAGCAGAUAUGCAGUUUUGUCCAAAUAUAAAUCCACCGUGCUACAAAUCUAAA